GGAAGUUGAUGCGCGUAGGCCCUGAGAAGUGGGCACGAUCACAAAGUCCGGUGACCCGUUAUAGUUUUCUUACAUCUAAUGCUGCCGAGGCUUUGAAUGCCCGUUUGUUGUGGGCCAGACGCCUUCCUAUAUGCUCCAUGCUGGAGGCAAUCAGGAUGGUUCUGGAGCAGUGGUUCAAUGACAGACUUGCGUCUGCGGAAGAGAGCGAUGACCUUCUUACUCCAGAGGCAAAACAGAAGAUAAGUGCGGAGAUCUCAAAGAGUCGUCGCUACACUGCGAAGAGGACCUCCGAGAGAAAAUACAGGGUUCGUGCUGGUGAUCGUCGCUUCAUGGUUGACCUUCAAGCGAAGAGCUGUGAAUGCAAUGAAUUCGACCUGGACGGCAUGCCGUGUUCUCAUGCGAUCGCAGCCAUUACUGAGGCGAAAGAGCCAGUGGAAGAUUACGUGGAAGCUUACUACCUGCGGAGUUCACUGGUUCAAACAUACUCCGGUCCAGUAAAUCACUUGCCUCCCUUAGAGCACUGGGAAAUUCCGUUUGAAGUUGCAACUGAUAUUGUUUUGCCAAACCUUUCUCGGCGACAAGCUGGUCGACCAAGAGAAUCUAGAAUUCCUUCAGCUGGUGAGAGGCCGACUCAAAGGACUACUACAGCGGAUGCAUCAAGUAGUCUGGGAAAACGAGCACCCAAAACCUGUGGUCUAUGUGGCUCGCCUGGCCACACACGUAGAGCAUGCAAGGGUACGGGCUGGGAGCAGUAGUUUAAUUUCCUUUUAUAUUAAAUUUCGAUGGAUAUUGAUGUUUUUUCAUUCCAGUAAGUGAUGUUCUGAAGUUGAGAGUAUUGGAUACUGAUUGAAUAAAUUUCGAAGCGGUGUCAUUU